GGCCUCAGAUGUAGUUUAGUCAGUGUCGUUUCGAACAACGAAGAGGUGAGGUCUGUGCUUGUCUUCCUGUGAUUGUUUUAAUGUUUUUCUUAUUUACUGUGCAAUUUUAAUUAUUUCUACUAACUAUAAAAACUGUAUAAUAUUCCGUGUAGGUUAGGCGGGAGUUUUUCAAUUGUGAAAAAAUGGCGACAAAAAAGUGACGAUACUUCCGACCGAUUUCGAAUCCUCGCGAUUUUCCCAAAAGUGCCCUUGGAUUACCAUGUGUUCAGUGGUGGUGACGUGACGGAUGCGAUGACGUACAGGAGGCCGAGAGGAAGGCUAAGACCGGGACGGACUACUCCUUCCGUCUGCGCCGUUUUGGCGGUUUUCGUCUGGACUUUUACAUUUUUCGGUGCCUCUCUGGCAACAGUGAUGGGAGAGGAGUGCGACUGGAGUGGAAGUGGCCUGCACCCUGCUAAGGGCGUGACGCCUGUAUACUUGAGGUGCUCUCAGGGCCGUGUCACGUGGAGCUACCCGGGAGGUGCAUUGAGGGUACUGCUGAGGCUGGGCUCCUCCGGGAGGGAAUUCCGGGGAUGCAUCAAAUCUUCCGCAGGAUGGGCGGGAGCUCGCGUCUUUCUGGAAGGCCCAAGAUCACUCGUCAGACUGAUUGACCAAGAAGAUUCUAGGCAGAAAGUGAGGUGUUUCCAUUCGAGGGGUGGCCAGGCUGCCUUGUACGUGGAGGCCACUGGAGCGGCAACCUUCCCGAAGCAGGUCGCCGAACUGUACUAUGAUCUGGAAGCGCUACCCAGACAUAAGGGCUCCUAUGACCCAGCUGAAGAAUGCAGACCGUGUCUCAAAGAGGAGAUGACGCAUGCGUACUGCACAAGCGAACUUGUUACCAGAGGUAUCAUCAGAGCUAUCGAGAACCAGGAAGAUGCUCAGACGUCAUCAGUGACGGUAAAGGUCACCAAGCACCUCCGACACUCCUCCUCAGGAGUGACGUCAUGGUCAAGCGAGGAAGAAGAGGAGGAAAACUCUGUCCUGCCAGGAGGCAGAGAGACCCUGGUGGAACUGACGGUGCCAGGACAUUGCGGCGCCAAGCACGGUACCGGGGAAUUUGUAUUCAUGGCCAGAAGAAAGCUCGGGGAUCUCAGCAUCACUUGCGCUCCAAGACUGGAAGACUGGGUGGAAGUAGUUCGAUCUGAGAACCUGAGUGGGAGUGCAAACUGCGUUCUGAUUAGUUAAUCCAUUCGGGAAUAUUUUGGUGCUGUGUUUUCUGAAGAAAAAGUGCCUUUCUUGGCGUCACUGUUGCUGUGAUCUUUCGUCUUUUAGGCGUGCCAAACAAGUUUUUAAUAACUAAAGCCUAUUCUUAAAUGGACCAAACAAGCAUUCCUUAAAGAUUGUGAAUUUAUUGCAACACAAGGAAUAUGCUUAGGACCUUUGGUAUUUUUGUAGAAUCAGCACCUGAUGAGUUUUGAUUGUUCAUUGAUUCGCGAUAUUUUGCAAUUCUGAAGGGUUCCAGUGCUAUAAAUACCCUUCUGAAAAAUAUAGAAUACCAUGUUUUGUUGUUACUUUACAAGUUAAGAAUAGUGCUUGAAAUUGUUUGACUAAUAAAUAGUUCACUGUUUAUGUUUGAAAUACUCGCAAUACAUUUUUGGGUGAAAUUUAAAUAACAUAUUUUGUAAUAAACCAAACAUUUGGUUUUUUUUCUCACAACAUAAAAUAGUGUCACUUUUUAAUUUCACAAAAGAGUUUAUGAAGUUACUUUUCAGUUUGAAGUGGCUUAGGCUUACUCAUUUCUUCUUUCUAAAUGGUCAUAUAUUAGGCACUUGUUUUAAUUUGUUUUGUAUUCAUUCAUAUUGAUGUGUGUUUUAAAUUCUGUGAUAAAAUCAUGAGAUGUUCCAUGCUGUGUAGGUUAGGUGUAUUAAACCAGAUUGUAAAUAAUUUUAAUGUAUUUGUACAAAUACUUUAUUUAGUUGGACCAAUCGAGUAUUGCUGGUGAACUGAUAGAGGGGUUUCCUCUUUUGUUGUCCAAUUUUCUAAGGCUGUUAUUUAACAACUAAAUUGAUUUUAAGUUGUAUUUUUGUACAUUGUAGAAGCAUACACGCCAAUAAUAUAUUUUUUUUUAAUUUGUGAAACCUUUCAUUUACAAAGAAAACAUCAUCAGACCCACAACUGAAAUUAAAGUUGUUACAAUAAUAAUAUAAUAUACAUCCUGGUUUUAAAAUACUUUCUCCUUUAAUUUUUUAAUGAUAUGUGAUUUUAUUUAAACACAAAAUUGUGUAUACUAUUAUAAGCACUUUAAUUUCAGUUGUGGGUCUGAUAAUACUUUCUUUGGAAACAAAAGGCCCGAUACAAGUAAAAAUGUUGUUAUUGGAGUGUUUCUUUUUUAAUUAGUAUUGUUGUAUAUUAAAAUCACUAUCAAGAGUAUAUAAGUUAAAUCACCAGGCAUUCUAUUAACAAAGCUGCAUAAUUCUUUUACAUAACCAAACUCUCAACUAGAGAUACUAUUUAUCUUCCAGAAAUUGUAAUUCAAUAAUGAAUUUAACUUUUCGCUUAUUUUAACCUUCUGAUUAGAAUUGUUUACAUUGUAUUAAUUUUGUUUCAUUCAUUAAAAACAAUAGUAAUUUUAAUCAUAUUUAUUAAUUGAUUAAUACAAACUUAUCUUAGAUUUAUUUCAGAUUAAUCAGUUCAUUAUUGUUUAUGUCAUAUCACUAAAAUUCCAUAUAUGUAUAAUAAUUGUUGUAUGAUUAAAAUUAAUACAACAAUUAUUAUUAGAAUACUGUUGCCUAUUUGUAUUAAAUUUUUAAGUAUGUUGCAAGUUUUACAUCUAUAAAGAGAGUAAUUGUUAAUGGAAUUGCAUUUUACUAUACUGUAAAGUAAUGUAUAAAUAUUUUAAUUCAUUUGUAUAAAUGUAAAAUUAAUUACAUAAAAAUAGUACAUAUUGUAAUUAGUUUUUUGAAAUUAUUUGUUUAUUAUAUUUUUAUUGUAUAUGAUGUAUAUUGUAUAGUACUAGAUAUAAAGUCGUUACUUAUAUUCUGUUGUUGUUUGUGCAAUAUUUUAUAUUGAUAAACUGGGAAAUAGUGAAUUGUUGAGUUUUAUUCAUUAAUUUUUUUAAUUUCAGAAAUAUUUGACAUUACUUUUUCUUUUACAAUAAUUUACUAUUUUAAAAUGCUUCAAGAGCUUUUUUAUUAUCUGUUUUUGGUGUAUUUUUUAUAAUAAUCUCUAUUAUUUGUCUUACCUCUUUAUUACUUCGGGUUGAAUUUGCAAUGUUUUACUGUAAGUAUUUUAUACCAAAAAUAUUUUAUAUGUUUUUACAUAUUUUGUGAAUUCCUUGUGCCAAAUUGUAUUGCUACAGAUUAUUUCGUUCUUGUCUGUUUCUUGCUAACCACUAACCUAUUGUUUAAUUUAAUUUGUCUUAUACUUUAUAUCAUGAGCAGGGCCAUAACUACAAAGAGAUUAUGUAUGUCAUAGGUAGUAUGUCACCCUUCAACAAUCAGGUUUAUUGGGUGAAUAGGGGUUAAAUAAUGACCAUCUGUGCAGCGCCAGAUAGGUUGACAUAUAAUGUAUUAAAAUACCUCUCUUCUAGGGUGUCAGGAACUAUAGUUACAGCCCUGCUCAUGAGCUGGAAAUAUUCUAAUACUGUACAGUUUCUAUAUAUGUGCCAUGGUGCCUUGAAGUGAAUACAUUCGUUGUUUUUGUACAUUUUGUGAUCUCAUUCCAUAUAGAAAAAAUGUAUUUUAUUGUACAGAAAUUAAAUAAAAGUGAAUUUUAUUUUAAA